CAAAGAUACUCAGAGAGAAAAAGUAAAGGACAGAAGAAGGAGACUGGAGAGACCAGGAUCCUUCCAGCUGAACAAAGUCAGCCGCAAAACAGACUAGCCAGCAGGCUACAAUUGGAGUCAGAGUGCCAAAGACAUGGGCUUGUUAGAGUGCUGUGCUAGAUGUCUGGUGGGGGCCCCCUUUGCUUCCCUGGUGGCCACUGGAUUGUGUUUCUUUGGAGUGGCACUGUUCUGUGGCUGUGGACAUGAAGCUCUCACUGGUACAGAAAAGCUAAUUGAGACCUAUUUCUCCAAAAACUACCAGGACUAUGAGUAUCUCAUUAAUGUGAUCCAUGCUUUCCAGUAUGUCAUCUAUGGAACUGCCUCUUUCUUCUUCCUUUAUGGGGCCCUCCUGCUUGCUGAGGGCUUCUACACCACCGGCGCUGUCAGGCAGAUCUUUGGCGACUACAAGACCACCAUCUGCGGCAAGGGCCUGAGCGCAACGUUUGUGGGCAUCACCUAUGCCCUGACUGUUGUGUGGCUCCUGGUGUUUGCCUGCUCUGCUGUGCCUGUGUACAUUUACUUCAAUACCUGGACCACCUGUCAGUCUAUUGCCUUCCCUAGCAAGACCUCUGCCAGUAUAGGCAGUCUCUGCGCUGAUGCCAGAAUGUAUGGUGUUCUCCCAUGGAAUGCUUUCCCUGGCAAGGUUUGUGGCUCCAACCUACUGUCCAUCUGCAAAACAGCCGAGUUCCAAAUGACCUUCCACCUGUUUAUUGCUGCAUUUGUGGGUGCUGCAGCCACACUAGUUUCCCUGCUCACCUUCAUGAUUGCUGCCACUUACAACUUUGCUGUCCUUAAACUCAUGGGCCGAGGCACCAAGUUCUGAUCUCCCAUAGAAAGUCCCCUUUGUCUAAUAGCGAGGCUCUAACCACACAGCCUACAGUGUUGUGUCUCCUGUCUUAACUCUGCCUUUGCCACUGAUUGGCCCUCUUCUUACUUGAUGAGUAUAACAAGAAAGGAGAGUCUUGCAGUGAUUAGUCUCUCUCUGUGGACUCUCCCUCUUAGUACCUCUUUUAGUCAUUUUGCUCCACAGCUGGCUCCUGCUAGAAAUGGGGAAUGCUUGAGAAGGUGAUUCCCCAGCUGCAAGUUGCAGAGGAACGAAAGCUCUAAUUGAGUUUGCAAGCAUCUCUUGAAGACCAGGAUGUGCUUCCUUCUCAAAGGGCACUUCCAUUGAGGAAAAUGGAGUGGAAAGAAAGAUUCUCAGGUAGAGAGCAGGAAUGCCCUCGGUCUCCUUGCCAUCAGUAGGAGUCAAAUAUAUUCUCUUUGAUGCACAAAACCAGGAACUCACUCUUACCUUCCUAUUUCCACUGAAGACCGAAGAAAAUAAAAAGAAUGCUAGCAAGGCAAUAGCAUUUGCCCAAAUCUGUCUCCUGCAGCUGGGAGAAGGGGGUCAAAGCAAGGAUCUUUCGCCCUUAGAAAGAGAGCUCUGACACCAGUAGCAAUGGACUGUUUAAGCCCUAACUCAGCCAACCUUCCUUAUAGCAUUAGGGAGCACAGUGUCUGUAUAGACAAAGCAGGGCGAUGGGAGGGGGCAUCGUCUGUCCUUACAGCUCAUUAGGGAGAGAACAGAGUGUUGUCAGGAUCAUCUCACUCCCUUCUCCUUGAUAACAGCUACCAUGACAACCUUGUGGUUUCCAAGGAGCUGAGAAUAGAAGGGAACUAGCUUAUAUGAACUAAGACUGUGACCUAAGGAGCAUCAGUUGGUGGAUGCUAAAGGUGUAAUUUGAGAUGGCCCUCGGGUAGAUGCAAGACACUUAACUCUUUGGAUAGCAUGUCUUCUCCCCCUGCCCCUCAUCAGUUAGUUGUGUCCUCUGGCCUCUGCCAUAUCUUCACAAUGGUGCUCUUUUCCUGGGGUUUUAUCCAUUCACUCAUAGCAGGUUAUUAGACGAUCUUGAUUAGUUUCAGAAUGAUUAGUAUUUCAUGUUUCCCAGUUGUUUAUCUCUUGUUUGGAGUUGUAUCAGAAAGACCCGGAGAAUGAUUCUUUGAGCAUAGUUCGUUUUGAAAAGAAAGAAAGAAAGAAAGAAAGAAAGAAAGAAAGAAAGGAAGGAAGGAAGGAAGGAAGGAAGGAAGGAAGGAAGGAAGGAAGGAAGAAAGAGAAAGAAAGAAAAACUGGACAGUAAGCAUCACAAAAAUAUUUGAAAUUGUAUGGUCCCAUGAAAUUAUUGGGAAAUACCCCAAGUAUUCUACCAUUUGUAGAACUAAGCUUGGUAAAUUUGAACCUCAGUUUGAAUAACCUGUCCAAUAUUUUCUUUUCUAAUAAAUGGCAGAUGAUUUUACUUGCUAAUAUUAUCUCGGCAUUUUGAGAAUUUGGGUUUAGCAUAGAGGUUAUUGUCUCUUGGUAUAUAUAGGUCACAUAAUAGAUUAUACCAGCUGUCAGCUGUUCAGUUGGUAAGCUUCCAUAGAGCUCUGGAGACAUGGAGAGGACAGACAAUUUAAAACCUGAAGAACUCCCAGAUUUCAGGCUUAUCCUGAAUCCAUAGUUUCAUUUGUUAACUUUGGGUCAAAAAAAGAAAGAAAGGAAAAGAAAGAAAGAAAGAAGAAAAGAAAAGAAGGAAGAGCCUCCAACCUGUUUCUUACUGAAGGAAAAGUUAUUGUAGAUAUUUUAUUGUAGAUUUGUGCUGUCAUUCCCCAAGUGCUUUCUGCUAUGUUGAAAGAGAUAUAAGAAUUUACAAGAAGACAUUUAAGACUUGUUCUUGGGCCACUAUAUAAGGUAAACAAGCAGGAUGCACAAGAGUGAGGAGAGCUAAAAGGACAUGUAAGAAACCAAUCAAGAUCAAGGAAGGUGAAAUAACCUAUAUCUUUUAUUUUGUUUUGAUAUAAUAUCAUAACAGAUAACCACCAUUCCCUGAAAAUCUCACAUGCAUACACACACACAUAUACACACACACACACACAUGCACGCACGUACAAAGAGAGUUAAUCAACUGCAAGUGUUUCCUUCAUUUCUGAUAGAGAAUUUUGAUUUUAACAACAUAAAGGAUAAACUUUUAGAAACUCAUCUUACAAAAUGUAUUUUAUAAAAUUAAAGAAAAUAAAAUUAAGAAUGUUCUCAAUCAAA